GGGGGAGGAGCAAGAGGAGGACAUGUCCAGGGCGUGUAAGGAAGAGUGAGCUGAGAACAACAGGAGCUGCUCCAGGACCUUGUUUCCAGCGUCAACAUGCCUGCGAAGAAGGUCUGCAUCGUCGGGUCUGGAAACUGGGGCUCGUCCAUCGCCAAGAUCAUCGGACACAAUGUGAAGGGCUCGAACCGCUUCAACCCGAUGGUCAACAUGUGGGUGUAUGAGGAGAUGAUAGAGGGCAGGAAGCUGACGGAGAUCAUCAACACGGAGCACGAAAACGUCAAAUAUCUGCCCGGACACAAGCUGCCCAAGAACGUGGUUGCUGUUCCCGACAUCACAGAAGCGGUGAAAGGAGCGAACGUCCUCGUCUUCGUGGUGCCGCACCAGUUCAUCGGGAAGCUGUGCGACCAGAUGAAGCCUCACGUCACGGAGGGAACCAUCGGGAUCUCGCUCAUCAAAGGCGUGGACGAGGGGCCGGACGGCCUGAAGCUCAUCUCCGACAUCAUCAGGGAGAAGCUGGAGGUGGAGGUCAGCGUCCUGAUGGGCGCCAACAUCGCCAACGAGGUGGCCGACGAGAAGUUCUGCGAGACCACCAUCGGAGCUAAAAAUGAAGCCAACGGGCAGAUCUUCAAAGAGCUCCUGCAGACGCCAAACUUUCGGAUCACGGUGGUCCAAGAGAGCGACACGGUGGAGUUGUGCGGGGCCUUGAAGAACAUCGUGGCGGUGGGCGCCGGCUUCUGCGACGGGCUGGGUUUCGGUGACAACACUAAGGCGGCGGUGAUCCGUCUGGGUCUGAUGGAGAUGGUGGCCUUCGCCAAGCUCUUCUGCAGCGGCGAAGUCACCUCGGGGACUUUUCUGGAGAGCUGCGGCGUGGCCGACCUCAUCACCACGUGCUACGGGGGGAGGAACCGCCGCGUGGCCGAGGCCUUCGUCAGGACCGCCAAGUCGAUCGAGGAGUUGGAGGCUGAGAUGUUGAACGGUCAGAAGCUGCAGGGUCCACAAACAUCAGCCGAAGUCUACAAGAUCUUGAAAAAGAAGAACAUGAUCGACAAGUUUCCCCUCUUUGUAGCAGUGUAUCAGAUCUGUUUUGAGGGCAAAGAAGUGAAAGAGUUCAUCACGUGCCUGCAGAACCAUCCGGAGCACAUGUGAGGGCACCAGGGCCGCACCUUCAGUCCACCACCAGCAGGGGGCGAGAGCCCCUCAUCCUGAAAGACGCACAAACCACAAGGAGCAGUUAUAACUCCUGUUUUUAAAUCUCUCAUUUCAAAAUCAAAGCUGCACAGUUUACACUAUAAUACUACUUUUAUCUGUUGUUUAAAAACAGUUUGAAACACUUUUACCCCCUAAAGUGUCCUUAAUGCUGUUAAUCUUCAAACCAAGAAUUGUCUUUUUGUUUUGUGAGUUCCAAUUUUUAAAUAAAAUGACUUCGUUGAGG